UGCUCUCAGCUCGGACACCUUCACACAGACACAGCACAGACUGACAGACAUGGCAGAAGAAGCUCCAGCAGCCGCCCCGGCGAAAGCCCCGGCCAAGGCCCCGAAGAAGAAGUCGGCUCCCCGGCCCAAGAAGGAUGGACCCACCCUCCCGAAGCUGAUCAUCAGCGCCGUGACCGAGUCCAAGGAGCGCAAGGGGCUGUCACUGGCGGGGCUGAAGAAGGUCCUGGCCGGCAAAGGCGUCGAUGUGGCCAAGGCCAACAAGCGCAUCAACACCGCCGUCACCAAGCUGGUGACCAAAGGCACCCUGGCCCAGACCUCCGGGACCGGCGCCUCCGGAUCCUUCAAGCUCGCCAAGAAGGAGACCAAAGCCGCCAAACCCGUGAAGAAAGUGGUGAAGAAGAAGGCCCCCGUUAAAGCCAAGAAGCCCGCAGCCAAGAAAACCGCCGCCAAGAAAGCGACACCCAAGAAAGUGGCGCCCAAAAAGUCCCCGAAGAAGGCACCGGCCAAGAAAGCUGUCAAGAAGGCGCCAGUGAAGAAGAGUCCCAAGAAGGCUCCCGCCAAGAAGGUGGUGAAGAAGGCCGCUCCGAAGAAGAGUCCGGCAAAGAAAGCUCCGGCAAAGAAAGCAGCUCCCAAGAAGACCAAGAAGUAAAGCGGUUUAAUCCUGCACUCAGUGCACCAACGGCUCUUUUAAGAGCCACCACAGCUUCUACUAAAGAGCAGCUCCUCCAUCCUCUACUGCUUAUACUGUAUAUACUUUAUACAACUGGAGGUUGUUAUUGUACAUCUUUAUUAAAUAUUAGAUAUUCAGGUACAUUUACAGCUAUCGGCUCAAUAUGGGGUUAUAAUUAUUGUCCUGUUUUAUAUUUCAGUCAUUCAGUGUCACAAUAAUGUUGAUGAGAAGAAUCUUCAGUCACUCUACAAAUAACACAAAGUUAAUUUAUUUAAGUUUAAUUAUUAGUCUGUUGCACUCGUCCCAAAUUAGUUUAAGGAAUUCAGUUUUAUAAAUUUCUAUUAUAGAAUAUAUUUUUGUUACGGUGCUUUUUUCGUGUUUUCUAUUCGUGUUAAUGUCUCAAGCGUUUCAUAAAAUACACAUUUACUACACUUAUAACAUUAUUAUUAUUUUUAAAUGGUCAGAAUUUAAAUAAAAUAAAACUAGUUUGUUGUUAACUUGCUCUACUUACAUAAUUUUGACUCUUUAACAUUUUAUUUAUGUAUUUCUAUGUUUAUAGUAGUUGUACGUUUAUUACUUUUGUAGCUUUUUUAACAUAAUUUAGCUGAAAAGUUAUUUUCAGGGGCGGAUCUAGAGGAGUUGGGUCGGGGGGCCACUGCCCUAAAAUGUCUGGACACCCCAGUUUGGUGUCAGUUUGAAGACAUCUAACAUCACCAAUAGGUCAUUAAAUGUGUUAAUGGAUGUUUUAUUGAUCUCUGAAGAAAUAAAAUUGAUUUCUAGUUAAAACUUUAUUUAGGUUGUUUUUUUUUCAAGCAAAUAUAACUGAUUAAUAUUUCUGCUCCUUACAGUCAAUAUAUCUUCCUCUGAAUGUUAUUUUACAGACCUCAAUUAUUUUAUUGUUACAAUAAAAAGCAUCAUUAUUGUGAUGUUGAUGAUGUUUGUAUAUGUAUGAAUAAAUCUGUUUAUAAUGAAAA